UUAUGUUAACUGUUGUACCGGACUAAUACGUGUUCGCGAUUUAUGCAAGUUACAGUCAUUAAACUUUUAAAAUGCUAUUACGGAGGAUAAACUGUUUGUUACAAAUUCCUGUUCCUGCUCAGAAGAUAAGUAAUCGGUACCUAAAUUUUGUACCUGUUGUAGUAGAACAAAGUGGAAGAGGUGAACGUGCAUAUGAUAUUUAUUCACGUCUCUUAAAAGAAAGGAUCAUUUGUUUAAUGGGCCCGAUCACAGAUAGUGUGUCUUCUGUAGUAAUUGCUCAACUGUUAUUCCUUCAGUCAGAAAGUAGUAAAAACCCAAUCCACAUGUACAUUAAUUCACCUGGAGGCAGUGUAACUGCAGGUCUCGGCAUAUAUGAUACCAUGCAAUAUGUUCUUCCUCCUGUUGCAACAUGGUGUGUAGGACAGGCAUGUUCAAUGGCAAGUUUAUUAUUAGCUGCAGGAGCAAAGGGUAUGCGUCAUUCUUUACCAAAUGCUAGAAUUAUGACACAUCAGCCCUCAGGAGGAGUGUCUGGUCAGGCUACAGACAUACAAAUACAGGCUCUAGAAAUUCUGAAGCUUAAAAAACAAAUAAACAAUUUGUAUGUCAAACACACAGGCAUGGAUCUGGAAAAAAUAGAACGUACUAUGGAAAGGGAUAAUUUUAUGAGUCCUGAUCAAGCAAAGGAAUUUGGAAUAAUUGACAAAGUAUUAGCUCACCCUAUGCAAGAGGAAGAAGAAAGGGCAAAAAUGCCUGAGAUUUCUCUUGAGGCUACCAUACAACCCUGAUGUUAGGAUUGAGAAAAAAGUCUUAUUUGAAAUUACGAAAUUUUAUUAAAACAUGUAUUUAUCAAUAUUUAAAAAUAGUAAUAAACUAUUUUUAAAACAAUUACAAUCUAUAUCGUAUAUGUAACUGCACUCCAUUGCAGUUGUUGCGGCCAUAUUUCGUAAACUUUAUGCGCACAUAAAGUAUAUAAUGAUGACUUUGUAUGUGAUGCAACUAUUCAAAUCACUUUGAUAUUAUUCCUCAGGCAAGCACAAUAUAUCACCAAGCAUUUAUUCGUUAUAUGAUAAGAAUACGUAAUGCUAUGAUUAUAAGAAAGACUGCGUAAAAUAGUAAUGGAAGACGAG